AUGUGGAGGUUGCAACACCAACAGGAUCCAUUGCUGGCUGCUGAGUACAUGGACACCUUCGACUAUCUGGCCUUGUUCAUCGCCAUACUCGUGAUAUAUGUCUUUUCGUAUCUGACGAGUGUGAGCCGUCUUGUUUCUGGCAGAUGCCUCUUGACGGUCUCACAGGUCUGCCUCGUCUUCUUCCCCUUUUGGACGCGAUUCGCAUGGCCCGUCUAUCUGUGCCUCUUGAGGCCCAAGGAGGAGAUGGACGCGUUCGAGCAGCAGCUGACCAGCGCCGGUGCGCGAGCCCUGCCCAUAUCUCAAAGCCAGAGAGUCCACUUCCCUUCGUCCGAGGAAGCUGUGUGGGAGGCAUUUGUAGAAGCGAACGAGGAGCUGGAGAAGUACAAGGAUGAGAUCCAGAAGCUCGAAGCCCAGAAGCUGCUUCUCCAGGAGAAGAUCCAUGAUCUACAAGACCAGGCAAAGUUCCAAGACAAAGAGGUGAUAAAGAAGUAAUAACCCCGCUUUGAGAAAGUCAAGAGCGAGGGCUGGAAGAAUAGAUAGAUCGAGUGA